AUGCCGAACUGCCCGAACUGCUCGAAGCCGGUGUACUUCGCCGAACGAGUUUCGUCUCUCGGCAAAGACUGGCACAGGCCCUGCCUCAAGUGCAACAACAAGACUUGCGGGAAGACUCUCGCCGCCGGGAGUCAUUCUGAAGUGGGAAAUAUUUUUCAUAAUAAUCUCAAAAACGCCGUGGCCGCAUAUAGAAUGGCUUGCCGCGGUGCGGUUGCGUCGCGUGUACCUCAAUAAUUUCGGAGUGCUCGGAAAAAUGGAUUUAUUGAUUUAUUGAGUUCUCGAAAAGUUUUAAAAGAGUAAAAAGAAUUUAAAAAUAGGACAUAUUCCUCUAGAAACUCGGUUUUUUUUUGGAAAAUGUUUAUAACAGGCUUUUCUUGAACAAUUUUUCAAGUUCGCUUUCUUUUUUGAGCUCAUUUUUUUUGAGAAAUCUUUAAAAACUAACGCUAGGAAAAUAUUGAAAUUUUCUAAAACCGUUAUGAGUUUUUUUUUUCCAACUUUUUAAAGUCACAAUUCAAAGAAAACCCAAUUUCAGCACGAAAGCAAGCCCUAUUGUAACCGUUGCUACGGAGCCAUUUUCGGGCCCAAGGGAUAUGGUCAUGGAGGAACGGAAUCGCACACGUUCCUUGGUGGAAGCACCGGAAAGUAA